GCAGCUCCACCGUAAACCGCCUCGGUUUUUUAUUAUUCUCCGCCGGUCGACCGUCAGUCUCAAAGCUCCGAGCCUCGCCAUAUUCUCUCGCCUGCUCACAGAUUAAACUCCAUCAUGGAGAUGCUGGGGAAGAAAGAGCGGAGAAGCAGAGAUGUGAAGGGUUUGCUGAAGAGGAACUGGAUUCUCAUUGCAACCAUCAUUGCGGUCAUUCUGGGGAUUGGUCUUGGUGUGGUGGUGCGGGACUACACCUCUCUGACCCAGCUGGAGAAGCAGUACUUUGGCUUCCCUGGAGAAAUCCUGAUGAGAAUGCUAAAGAUGGUCAUCCUGCCUCUCAUCGUCUCCAGCAUGAUAACAGGAGUGGCAGCGCUGGACUCUGAGGUGUCGGGCAGGAUUGGUCUGCGUGCAGUGGUUUAUUACAUCUCCACCACCAUUAUUGCCGUCAUUCUUGGAAUCGUUCUUGUGAUGACUAUUAAACCUGGGGUCUCUCAGAGUGCUGAUAAUAUCGACCGAGAAGGAACUACUCCAAAUGUGACCACCGUUGAGACCUUACUGGACCUUAUUAGGAAUAUGUUUCCUGAGAAUCUUGUGCAAGCCUGUUUUCAGCAGUAUAAGACACAGCGCAGAGAGAUCGAACCAACAAAACCCAGCAUAAACACAACUAAUGCAACUGCAUUCCCACCGUUCACCACCAUCAUCUCAACAGUUGCACAGAAUUUGACCAAAGACUACAAGAUUGUGGGCUCAUAUUCGGAUGGCAUUAAUGUCCUGGGUCUCAUCGUAUUUUGUGUGACUUUCGGCCUGGUCAUCGGCAAGAUGGGAGAAAGGGGACGAAUCCUGCUCGAGUUCUUCGAUGCUCUGAACGAGGCCACAAUGCGAAUCGUUCAGAUUAUCAUGUGUUACAUGCCCAUCGGCAUCUUCUUCCUAAUUGCUGCCAAGAUCAUCGAGGUGGACGACUGGGAAAUCUUCAGGAAGCUGGGCCUGUACAUGGUGACGGUGCUGAGCGGACUGGCCAUUCAUUCGAUCAUCUUCCUUCCGCUGAUAUACUUUGUGUUUGUGCGCAAGAAUCCGUUCACCUUCACUCUGGGAAUGGCGCAGGCUUUGGUGACUGCUCUCAUGAUUUCCUCAAGCUCGGCGACUCUGCCAGUCACGUUCCGGUGUGCAGAAGAAAACAACAGGAUCGACAAGAGAAUCACUCGUUUCGUCCUGCCAGUCGGUGCCACCAUCAAUAUGGAUGGAACUGCACUGUAUGAAGCGGUGGCCUCUAUAUUCAUCGCUCAGUUGAACAACUACGACCUGAACGCCGGCCAGAUUGUUACCAUUAGCAUUACAGCUACGGUGGCCAGCAUUGGCGCAGCAGGAGUUCCUAAUGCUGGAAUGGUUACCAUGGUGAUAGUUCUUACAGCAGUGGGUCUUCCUGCUGAUGAUGUCACCCUUAUCAUCGCUGUCGAUUGGCUGCUUGACCGCUUCCGCACUAUGAUCAACGUUUUGGGAGACGCCUACGGUGCUGGAAUCGUCCAGAAGCUGUCGAAACGAGAACUUGAGAGGAUGGACCUGACGUCAGACGUGGACGCCGCCAAUCCCUUCGCCCUCGAGACUACGCUGGACGACGACGAGUGCGAGGACAAAAAAUCCUACGUCAACGGCGGGUUCACCAUUGACAAAAGCGACGCCAUUUCCUUCACCGAGACCUCGCAGUUCUAGAGGUAAGAGUUGAAGUCAGUGGCUGCUAAAAAUGUGCCAUGGGAGGGUUCAGAGAGGUGGGAGCCAUUCAUAAAAACCAGUGCCAUGACCAGGACGGCAAGUCAUUACAGAGGACAUGAUUGAGCGCAGACAUUAGCAAUACCUGCCCUUGCGGUUCUCCUUCCUUCAUUUCCCCAACUGCGCUCUUGAACUUGAACGUGUGCGCUAGACGGAGAGAGAAGAAAAAAUAAAUGGACGUAAGAAAACUGUGCUUCCAUAGCUCAUCAUAACAUGUUGUUCUGAAUUAUGCAAAGCUGUUUCUGUUUCAUUAACUGCAGUUUGCUUUGUUUUUCUACUAACUAAAAGCUGGAGUUUGUGUGUAUGAGGUUUGUGCAAUAUUGCGCAAAAGGAACCUGGCAGAUUAUUGUACAGUACGCAUUUCAAAGAGCAUGUUGCUAACUUGCUAAUGUUAUUAUACACAUGCAAAAGAUGAAUAAUGCCGAAUUAAGGUGAUCGGAAUCUGCUUUGAAUUUCUUUUCUAAGCAAAUUAUGUUUCAGACUCAGUAAAUGUUGCCAGUUCUGUAUUUGCACUUGCUAUCGAAAGCCAAAUGUUUGAGCUUUGCGCGUUUAUCGUUUGAAAAUUGUGCCAAAUUGAAUAUGUUGACAUGACUGGGAACAUUUUUAUACAAGCUUUUGCAAUAUUGCAUGAUGAGGAUUUGAUAUGGAGUACGUUUAAUGGCCUUCAGAAUGAAAACCUGAUCAUUUUUUGUCAUGACACUGAAGGUGGCAAGCCUUAAGUUUGUUCAGCAAGCCACUGGUUUUUAUUAUUUUUCCUCUCUCGUGUUGUCGACUCUGAAAGACUAUACGGGUGAUGUUGUCAGUGCCCGAUUUCAGCCAUUAAGUCAGUUUUACAGGAUUUAAUUUGUUUAUUCUUUGAGUUACAUCAUAAAUGAGAGAACGCAAUCAAUGUGAAGCAUUAAUGGUUUGUGUUUGAGGUUCGGGAAUAGAUUUAACACCGUAAAGCACACCAUUGUACAACUGUAUUUACACAGUACAGUAGUCAGAUUAGUUAUACUGUAUGAUUCAACAAGUACUGUAUGUGUAUUCACAAAUUAAUAAAGACAAACAUGUCAACACAUGAAA